AUGAACAGCUGUCAAGCGUACAUUCCUCCGUCUGCAAGAGACUUACAAGCUCGCCAAUCUGCAAUUGCUGGCUGCAAAGAAUGGUUUACGACAUUCCUUGGUGAUACUUGUACGACGGUGGCCGUAUUGAACGAUAUCACGGUCGAUGAUUUUAUCAAAUGGAACCCGUCCCUUAAGAAAGGGGUAUGCGAUGAAGUUAUUCUCCCGGGUACCCAUUACUGUGUGGGAAUCCAGCAGGCCACCACAAUGACUACGACUACGGCGAAACCCACGAAACCCACAACUACAGGGAACGGCGUUUCCACUCCCAGCCCAAUCCAAACCGGCAUGAUCAAAACUUGUAACAAAUUCCAUCUUGUUGCAGAGGGGCAAAGCUGUCCCAACAUCGUUUCAAAAUAUCCAGGCAUUAGCAUUGACCUCUUAUUCAAGUGGAAUCUAGCUGUUGGAAAGACUUGCACGGGGAUGCGGGCAAAGGCCUAUAUUUGUGUUGGUGUUAUCGGCGGUACGCCCACUACAAAGGCUAUGACAACGGCAGCAAAGACUAUCUUCAACCGUAACAAGAGUGUCAAAUCAGUUCUCAGGAGCUUUUUCGGUUGGAAUCUAUCCGGUAAAGGUAGUUGUAUGCAUGUGAAGACUUGCUUGCGGCGUUAUAUUGUAUCGUCGGUCCCGCAUGCUGCCCCAACCCCUACCAACAAGCCCAAAAAAACUGGAGUGAAUCCGACCCCGACUCCCGUUCAGCCGGGUCAAAUCAAAGGCUGCAAAGAAUGGGUAUACGUCAAAUUAGGCCAAAUCUGUCAGGAUAUCAUUGACUCAAAGCCAGCUUUGAAGCUUACGAUGACGCAAUUGUAUACUUGGAAUCCCGCAAUCGGUAGGGCCUGUUCUGACAUGUGGGCGGGGGCCUACCUGUGUGUUCGGGUCAAAUAA